AAUAAUCCCAAUAUUUAUCCGGCAGCAGGCGCCUGCGGCCCCCCGCCCGCCGGCUGAUCCCCCGCGCCCGGGCCCCCGCCCCGCCCCGGCGGGCCGCUGCCUGCAUGUAUUUGCUGCCCUCCGCGCCGCCGCCCAGCCCCGCCGCCCUCGCCAGCCCGGCGCGCUGGAUGCAGACUAACAGGGAUGCCAAAGGAAAAAUAUGAUCCUCCAGAUCCUCGCAGAAUUUACACCAUCAUGUCAGCAGAGGAGGUAGCCAAUGGGAAGAAGUCUCAAUGGGCAGAAUUAGAAAUCUCGGGUAGAGUGCGGUGCUUAAGUACGUCACUUUGGUCACUGACUCACUUGACUGCUCUACACCUCAAUGACAAUAAUCUUGCGCGCAUUCCACCUGAUAUUGCCAAGCUCCAUAAUCUGGUUUACCUGGAUCUAUCAUCCAACAAACUCAGAAGUUUACCAGCAGAACUAGGAAACAUGGUAUCUCUCAGGGAAUUGCUUUUAAAUAACAAUCUCUUACGGGUUUUGCCUUAUGAACUUGGACGGCUCUUCCAGCUACAAACCCUAGGUUUGAAAGGCAAUCCUUUAUCACAGGAUAUUCUCAGCCUGUACCAGGACCCAGAUGGAACACGAAAGCUACUGAACUACAUGCUUGACAAUCUAGCAGUUCAUCCAGAGCAGCUGCCUUCAAGGCCGUGGAUUACUUUAAAAGAACGAGACCAAAUUCUGCCCUCAGCUUCAUUCACAGUGAUGUGUUACAAUGUGUUAUGUGAUAAAUAUGCCACCCGGCAGCUAUAUGGCUACUGCCCGUCCUGGGCAUUAAAUUGGGAGUAUAGAAAAAAGGGAAUCAUGGAAGAAAUCGUGAACUGGGAUGCAGAUAUCAUUAGUCUUCAGGAAGUGGAAACAGAGCAAUACUUCACCCUCUUUCUGCCAGCAUUAAAAGAGCGUGGGUAUGAUGGAUUUUUUUCUCCAAAGUCACGUGCCAAAAUCAUGUCUGAGCAGGAGAGAAAGCAUGUGGACGGCUGUGCAAUAUUCUUCAAAACUGAAAAAUUUACAUUGGUGCAGAAGCACACAGUGGAGUUUAACCAGGUGGCAAUGGCGAACUCUGAAGGUUCAGAAGCUAUGUUAAACAGAGUGAUGACAAAGGACAACAUUGGAGUUGCUGUGGUGUUAGAGGUGCACAAAGAAUUAUUUGGAGCAGGUAUGAAGCCACUUCAUGCUGUGGACAAACAGUUGCUUAUUGUGGCAAAUGCCCACAUGCAUUGGGACCCUGAAUACUCGGAUGUAAAACUCAUUCAGACUAUGAUGUUUGUCUCAGAACUGAAAAAUGUCCUUGAGAAAGCCUCCAUCAGGCCUGGCAGUCCAGCAGCAGAUCCUAAUUCUAUCCCUCUGGUGCUGUGUGCGGAUCUUAACUCACUGCCCGAUUCAGGUGUUGUGGAGUACUUAAGCAAUGGCAUAGUAGCUGACAACCAUAAGGACUUCAAAGAGCUGCGUUACAAUGAGUGUCUCAUGAACUUCAGCGGCAGUGGAAAAAAUGGGGCUUCUGAAGGAAGAAUCACGCAUGGCUUCCAGCUCAAGAGCGCCUAUGAAAACAACUUGAUGCCUUACACCAAUUACACCUUUGAUUUCAAAGGUGUGAUUGACUACAUUUUCUAUUCCAACACUCAUAUGAACGUGCUUGGUGUCCUGGGGCCUUUAGAUCCUCAGUGGCUGGUUGAGAACAACAUCACUGGGUGUCCACACCCUCACAUCCCUUCAGACCACUUCUCACUGUUAACACAGCUCGAACUCCAUCCUCCGCUCCUGCCUCUUGUCAACGGUGUACACUUACCUAACAGGAGGUAGUGGAGCCCUGCCCCUUUGAGGGCUGGGACCUGUUGUUAUGGACCUGUACAGUUGUAAAUCAAAGUAUGUAGGAGUGAAGUAUGGCCUACCUUAAGCUGCUUCUUCAAGCUCCUUUCAUUGUGUGUUUUGAUAUGAGAUUUUGCACAUUUUGGUGCAUGUUGGUAUAAUUUGGCACUAGGGCUGGAACCAAAGUAUUAUUCCCUUUCCAGGAUUUUAAUUUAAUUUUUAAACUGGUAAGCUUACUGUUUCAUUAGAAAGCUGUGUUUAUAAAAUGGGCAAAUCCGAUUCAAAACUUGCAUCAUAAUCUAUUUAAAAUUAAUGCUUUCCUCCAAAUCACAGCACAACAAAUCCUCCUCCUUUUUAAAAAAAAACAAAAACAAAAACAAACUGAUAAAUACAACACUUCAAUCUGUUUCAGUUGUAAGGGAGAAUAAUUAGAAAUACUAUUUUACUGAACUCAAAAUGGAGAUCUGGGUUCUGCAUCCAAUAUUAAUUUUGCACGUUAGCAAAGCACUUAAUAUUUAACUGUAAAUUAUUAACAGUAUAUUUCCUCCCCCCCCAUCUAGCUAAUACUGGAAAACCAAAAACGGGCUACUCAUACUUAUUGAAAGGCUAAAUUAUCUCCUGGUGCAACUCCAUUGACUACAAUGGAAUUAUGCCAUCAGAGAAUUUGGACCUGAGCAUUUAAUGUCACAUAGAAUUUGUGGUUGGCAGACAAUAUGGUGGUAACGUUCUUGGAGCUCUUUUUGGUUAGGAAAUUCAGGAAUUUAAACUGAUGGCCUGUUUUGUGAGGUCUAACAGAGAACUCUCCCUACUUUGACAAUCCGUGAUGGGAACAAGAUUUAGAAACCUAAAAUUAAGAACUUGCACUUAAAAAAUCAGCUGCAAGUUUCUUAUUGGUGAGUUCUGGAAGAGCAAAUACGUUCCAACUCAAUCUGUAGCUUUCCUGUUUCUAAUGUUAAAUUGCAAAAGUGAUAAACUUUGGAUUGGAGGUACUGGUUAAGCUAAGGGUACAGGGAAAAAAACCCUCUGGAAAUGAUCUUACUUCUAUCUCCAAAGUGAAGGUUAAAUAGCUCUCUAGGUGCUUUUUUGUGUGGGGGAGAAAGUGGUAGCCAUAAUCAUUCCUUGGAUUAUUUUUCCUGACCCUAGUUGCCAAAUAGCCAUCGUAUGCUUUUAAUACUUUGUUUCUGUUUUCCUUCAAGGUUGAAUUAAAAAGCUGCUGGUUCAUUCCCAACGGUUAACGCUCUUUAGCUGUGUUGGAAAUAUUUCUUUUUACACUCUAGGGGGCCAGUUCAAAACGUUGUGCCUCAAGAGGCAGUAAACAUAAUGCAAUUUUCUGAAAGAAAUUGGUUGGCUGCUUAAUGUUUAAAAUAUAUAUAUAUGGCACCGUAAUAGGAAAAGGUUGUGUCUGUGUUUUUAAGUUUUUCUUUAUUCUGCUUUUUUGCUGCUAUAAGAUUUUCUUGAAUUUAUAUUUUAAACUUUUCAUGCACUUUACUGUUUCUAGUCUCAAAAUGUGAUAUUUUUAAUAAAAAAGAAUUUUUCCAUUUAUGUGAAUGAAAUUUUUAAACAGAUAAAUAGCCUAUAUUUAUGUCUCAUUCAUAGAUUUAAAAAGGGUCACAUUUAAAUUGUUAAAUUAGUUUUAAAUACUAAGAAGCAAUCUUCUGCCUUGCAAAAUUAAUACUAUAGCCUGUUCCACCAUUCUUUAAUUGUACAUUUCCUUCGUUAUUGUAUUCAUAGAAAAUUAGGCUCUAGUAGAAAAUGUUCCCUGUAUUUGUUUGGGGGUGGGAUGGGAUACAGCAGUUGGUUCAAUGAAACCACAACUCCCUUUCAAAAAAGUGCCUUGAAAUGGAGGCAUCACCCAUCAUCCAAUAUAAAAUUGGAAGUUAUUGUAGUUGAGUGAAAUUUAAUA